CAUAAUUAUAAAAUGAGCCGCAGGUUAGUCAUUCAUUUCGUUGUGAUAUUUGUACUGUCAUGAAGCACACAUAUGUGACAUGCACAACAUCGUAAUAUGGAUGUCGUGAUGGUCAAGUAUUGUCAAAGUGUAACAAGGGGUAACGUAGGAGCUUCAAGCAAGCCAAAAAAGCAUCGCGGCCAGAUUUGGAUUGCAACCUUACAUUCAUCGGGUAAGAAAACAAGGAGCCGGAGCAAUAGUCCAUCUACUGAUAGUGGGAAACGUCAGCAAGGAUUUUUUGUUGGCGGUAGUGAGCAGAGCGGGAAUUUAGUACUUGGAUCAGAUAGUUCACGUAGUGAAGAUGUCGUUUCACAGUUCUUCAAUUCAGCUCGUGCACAUGGUGCUGAAUCUCUGACACCAGAAGAGAAUGCCAAACUAGGAACUCGUGAUGCAGUGAAGUUCGCUUCGAGUAGUAAAGGUUAUCGCUUAGGGGAUGCUGUACAGCCGUCUGAGUUGGUUGAAUCGAGCAUUUCUUCUUCUCCACAAGAAGUGGCACUCGUCAUGUGGGAAAAUGGGUUUACUGUAGAUGAUGGUCCACUUCGAUCGUACAGUGAUUCGCCAAAUCAUUCGUUUUUGCAGUCGAUUUGCGAAGGGCACAUCCCGAGCGAGAUAAUACGACAGUAUCCGGGUAAAACUAUUGACAUCAGAAUGGAACGUCGACAGGAACAGUACGUAGUUGAAGCGAAACCGUUCAGUGGACAAGGUCAGAGACUAGGUGAACUUGUUCCAAUCAUCGCUGUUGCAGAAAAUUCGAAGCGAAGAACGAGUAAUGGAGCUAAUCCAGCGAACAGUGGAUUUGUAGAUUCCGACUGUGUUAAGAAGGCUCAGGAAGCGGUAAAAUUAGUUGAUGGAGAGCCCAUUACGCAUGUGCAAAUUCGACUACCAAGUGGAGGGCGGGUUGUCGGGCAAUUCAACCAUAAUCAUACUGUUCGAGACAUUCGGAAUUUUCUCGUAAUCGCAGCACCAGAUUAUGCCUUCCAACCAUUCAAUUUGAUGACAACUUUUCCGAAUAAAGUGAUCGAAGAAGAAAACAUUUCUCUGAAAGAAGCAGUGGAUCGUAAACGGGAGAUGUUUUAUACUAAUUGCGCGGUAGUCCCUGCAGUGCGGGUAGCCUAUAUGGAGCACAAGCUAUGUAUGAUGUUGCGAAAGAGUGGUGCAAACGUUCUAAUGAGUGUGAAGGAAAUUCUGGGUUUGCGGAUAUGGACGAAAUUCUUCCAAAUAGUUAAAGGUUGCGGUGGAUGGAUUGGUUUCAUGAAGAAACGUUAUUUAAUGGAUGAAACGAGAAUAGGGAAAUUCAUGGGAGAAGACAAAUUCGGCAAUAAAUACUACGAAGACAAUUCUUAUUUUAUACCCCGAAAUCGCUGGGUUGAAUAUCCAGAACACGUUUGGCUUGAUUAUGACGCUUCUCAAAUUCCUGCUGAGUGGCAUAUGUGGUUACAUCAUAUUACCGAUGAAACUCCUGUCCAGAAUCCUCCAAAACGAAGGAAGUGGAUGUUGGACCAUGAAGAGACACUGACUUUAUUAGAGAAUCGAAAGUAUUACCCUUACUCGACAACAAAACAGAAGCUGUCGCUAUGGAACCCGAAGUUUAAGGAAACACAGUAGAGAUAUCUUUCCCCCUGUGUUCUUAUUAAUAUAGAGUAUCUGGUGCUUUAACAUGUAGAUUGCAAUGUUCAAUUGUCGAUAAAGAUUAUUUUAAGCUUUCGAAUGUUGUAGUGGUCGGAUUAAAGAUCAGUUUUUUUUGUUUUACAAAAUUACACGCUAGGUUUCUGUAUGUUGCGUUUUUCAUAGG